GGUCCCCGGCCAGUGUCCUGAGGAGCAGGCACUGCCACCUGGAAUCCUGAGCACCCUCCAGGACCUUGGGAUGGGGCAGGUGGCGUGUGUCUGGGGCUGGAAUAGCCAGCCAGACCCUUAUACGGACCAACGGGUCAGUCCGAUGUGUUGAAACAGAGUGGAGAGGACCAGAUACCGGAUUCUGCCUCUGGAACCAGAGGGGACUGCAGGGAGCAGGGUGCUGCUGGGGCUCCUGGGCUCAGAAACCCACAGCCCAGCCUGAAGAGACCUGAGGUCAAGGGCAGGGUCAGUUCUGCGAAAUGUUCCUCCGCCUCUACACACACACACACACACACACACACACACACACACACACACACAGUGGCCACCUUGGCACCAGAGUUCACAUCGCAACACACAGCCCAGUCACACACACACACCUGCACACACACCACACAAUGCUGCCACCCAGAAAUUCACUGAACAUGCCAUACAGGUGACAGUCACCCAUGCAGCACCACACUGUGACAUGACUCACAGACACAUAAGUAGUGACACUACAUUCACGCCCACAAAAUAUACAGGCUCACAGACCCCGCAGGGCACAGACAAGCCCGCCAAACGGAGACUCACAGCGUCACAAGGUAACACAGGGGCAGCCACACAGGCUCCCCCACCAGGCCACAAAGGCGCCCCAAACAGUGCAUCUGCAACACCCAGGACCUGCACCCAGGAGAUGUUCAAGAAAUAGUGUUACCAUUGACAGGCAUUUCCACAGCGUCGUCCAUGACACCCGAGAGACACCCACACCUCCACCUCCCCAGGCGAGGGUGGGGCGGCCGGGGGCGAGGGCUCACCGGACUGGCUCGCUGACUCAGCCAGGAGGGCACAGAGCGCAGGCGGGCGGCAGGCGGCGGGCACAGGCCAGGACCUGCCUGCUGAGCGUCCUCUUCCCACCCCAGCCCUGCCCGCUGCCCCGGGUGGGAGGGGACUGGAGGGGCGGGAGGAGAGGAGAGACCGCCCAGUGGGCUCAGGCCACGGCUCUGCCCACGGCCCAGUCACGGGCCCCUUGCCACGUCCACACGCCCCUCAGGGCUGGGCAAAUGUUUUCCUUCCGGAAUCACCGUGGUACCUGGUCUGCUUUGCAGCACUUGGCCUCCACUGCUGAGACCCCAGGGAGCCACGUGUGCCCAGCGGGGGCACCGCCCCAGCUGAUGCCCCAGAGGGGCUACCCAUCUCAAGAGGGGCUCCAGGUCCUGCCUGGCCUCCUCAUGGCAUGUGAGACAGAGCCUGAGGCUGAUGGGUUACUGGACCUCAGCUUCCUGACGGAGGAGGAACAGGAAGCCAUUGCUGAGGUCCUGAAGCGAGAUGCCCACCUACGGCAGCUGGAGGAGGGACGGGUCAGAAAGCUCCGGGCAUCGCUGGAAGACCCUGGGCAGCUGAAGAUCCUAACAGGGGACUGGUUCCAGGAAGCACGCUCCCAGAGGCACCACCACACCCACCUGGGUUCUGACCUAGUCCGAGCCUCCAUCCGCAGAAAGAAGGGCUCCAGGGGAGACCAGGCUCAGGGCAGCAAUGGGGAGGCUGAAGCUGCUGGGAAAGAGACCGAAGAGGCGCUGGAGCCCAGGCUCCCCAUAGACAAGGCCCCCCAAGAGAGUCUCAGCGAGGCUGAGGGGCCUGAUUUCCCCUCACCAUAUGUCCCCACUAAGGCAUCAGAUAAUGAAGAGGAGCCCCCGGCCCAGGAAGCGCCGGGGCCGGCGGACGUUCUGGUCCCAGCCGCGGAGGAGGCGGACCCGGAGCCAAAGCCGCCGUCGGGGGCGGAGGAGGAGCCGCAGCCCAGGCCUGCUCAGACCCAGGAGGCGUCCGAGAUCCUGGAGAAUGGGGAGGAGGCCCCGGGGCCCGACCCCUCACUGGACCGUAUGCUCAGCAGCAGCUCCUCCAUGUCCAGCCUCAACUCCUCCACGCUGAGCGGCAGCCAGAUGAGCCUGUCGGGGGAGGCGGAGGCGGCGGCAGUGCAGGUGCGCGGCUCCGUGCACUUCGCGCUGCACUACGAGCCUGGCGCCGCGGAGCUGCGCGUGCACGUGAUCCAGUGCCAGGGCCUGGCCGCCGCCCGCCGCCGCCGCUCAGACCCCUACGUCAAAAGCUACCUCCUCCCGGAUAAGCAGAGCAAGCGCAAGACGACAGUGAAGAAACGGAAUCUGAACCCGAUCUUCAACGAAACUCUUCGGUACUCUGUCCCGCAGGCUGAGCUCCAGGGCCGUGUGUUGAGCCUAUCCGUGUGGCACCGCGAAAGCCUGGGUCGCAACAUCUUUCUGGGCGAAGUAGAAGUGCCCCUGGACACGUGGAACUGGGACUCCGAGCCCACCUGGCUCCCCCUGCAGCCCAGGGUCCCGCCGUCUCCCGAUGCCCUUCCCAGCCGCGGGCUGCUCUCUCUGUCCCUCAAGUACAUCCCCGCCGGCUCCGAGGGUGCAGGACUGCCUCCCAGCGGGGAGCUGCACUUCUGGGUGAAGGAGGCUCAGGACCUUGUGCCUCUGCGCUCAGGAUCUCUGGAUACUUACAUACAAUGCACUGAACAGAGGUGGAGGGGACUGCUUGAGAAAGGUCUGGGGUCAGGAAAGUUCAGGACGCCUUUGAGGAGCUGCAUUUCAGUGACGGGCAUCUAUAGGACUUGUUGAAGAGCUGAGGCUGAGACCUGGGAGAUCCCAGGGGCCCGUCCAUGGAAGACCUGGAAAGCCAGGCUGUGGGGCUUGGUCCUGAACAUGCAGUUUAGCGGUUUUCAAAGUAAGCUGGGAAGGAAUUCUAGAGAUGCCUCCUGGUGAUGCCCUUCCCUCAGAGAGUGAAACGGAGGUAGGUGGAUGAGGUUCUGAGUUUGCAGCCCUGAUUCAACCAGGGACAUUGUUUUUCUUUUAGGUUUUGUACUUCUGAACAAUACUUUGUCUUGUGGAAAGAGCGCCAAGGCUUUAAAAAGUUUGGAAACUAUGUCUGGGGGGGCAGCAAAGGUUAUGGGGCUGUGAAGUAGCAGCAUCGCAUUUCAGAGACAUUACUCUGGGGUCCUGUGAAUGGGAGUUGUAACAUUCAAAGGCCAGAGAUCUGAGAAAAGGCUGGUACAAAGGCCCAGCGUAGCAAGGUUUUAGCCCAGACCUCAGGCAGGAGCCAAAGGACAUGGACAUUGUGAGGGAGGAUAGGUAAGACCUGGUCACUGGUUGGUUCCAGGGAGUGUGAGGGAGUGGCCACUUGAUGCCAGCCUGCCUCCC